UCGACGUAUAUGCAUUCACUCAGUUAUCGUGGUAUCGUUAGAAGAUUUCUGAAUUCCCAUGUUUUUCACCGAACCGCACCACAUUCUGCUGAUUGUUAUUUAAAAUACAAUAAAAGUUUAAACAGAAGAUGCACGCUGUGCAUUAUUAUCAACGUAAAUAGUGCAACAAUGAUCAGUUCUCAUUAUUAAAAAGACUGUUACAUCGUGUUAACAAACGUUGAGGAAGCAGUGUUAGCGAGAAAUAUACAUUACUUUUAACGAUGGUAUUCGGGAAUAUUUUGCACAACGUUCGGCCGUUAGUAAAGACGUAUCAGGCGAACCCGAACAUAAAGUUCACGUUGAUUCGAACGUACGCGAAAUGGGUUAGCCGGAGGCCGGUUAAAAUUCUGAACGAGGACGAACUGUUUGAAUGCGAAGACACCACGGUAGAGAAAGAAGUACCGAGGGAGAAGAUUGUUUCUUCCAGAAGAAGAGGUAGGAAAUCGAGGCAAGCUAAGCAGAAGGAACCCGAAGAGACCGAGAAUGCGAUGAAAAAGCGCCAGUUCACGAAACUCAAGGAAAAUGAUAAAAUCGUAACGUCUAUAAUGACAAAUCUUAAAUCUCGAAAGAGACGGGAAAAAGACAAAGAAAUAGUCUUGGAAGGGCAUAGGUUGAUCAAAGAUGCAAUGAAAGUUGGUUUAGUACCGAAGUUGAUACUUUUUAAUGACUCGACUGAUCUGGAAGAGUUAAACUUGCCAGAGGAAGUUACUUUGUAUAAGGUUCCUUAUAAAACAAUUCAAUUAUGGUCUAGUCUAACUACGGCACCUGGAUUAUUAGGAAUCUUUAAUACUCCUGAUCUACAAAACAAUGCUGCACACGACAACAAUGAUGCGAUACCACUUACCGUUAUAUGUGAUAAUAUCAGAGAACCAGGAAAUUUGGGUUCCAUCAUGAGAGCUGUAGCAGGUGUAGGUUGUGAAAAAUUGAUAGUGAUGAAAGGAUGCGUAGAUUUAUGGGAUCCAAAAGUUCUUAGAAGCGCGGCUGGCACACACUUCCGACUACCUAUUCACAGCUUUCCAACGUGGGACGAGAUUCCAUCGUUGAUCAGCGACGAUUCGAACAUUUUCGUAGCAGAUAGCAAUUUCGGUGACGAAUACAUGCCGCAAUACUCGCCAGAGCUAAUCGAGUCGAGUUUGAAUAUAUUCGACGUAGAUCCGGCGGAGCUGAUAUCGAAGCUUACGUUCGGUGAGCGAACAGAGGAAUUGUCGAUAACGAAUAAGAGAAUGAUGAAACAAUUUUUACUGAAACUGCCUGUUAUGCCGUAUUAUGCUAUGGACUACACGCGAAAAGAGUCUGUCAUCAUUCUAAGCGGAGAGACCGAGGGAUUAAAUUUCGAUUCCUGUAGAUUCUUGAAUGAAAGGAAAGGUAUUCGUAUCAAUAUACCUUUAGCUAAAGGUGUUGAUAGCUUAAAUGCAGGAGUGGCACUUGGCAUAGUUACAUUUGAAAUUAAGAGACAAUUCUUGAGGAAACAGCAGACUUUGAACGAAUCUCUAUGCAAAUAAAUCGUUUUCUUGUUUUUAAAUAAAGUUUAUUAUUUACAAUAA